AUGGUGAGUCAAAGACAAAGACUUGCACGUAAGCGUUACAAGGAAGCUCACCCUGAACAGUUCCCAAAAGCAGAACCAACACCACCAAAGGAUCCAAACAAGAAGAAGAAGAAGAAAAGCUUGUUCAAGAAAAAGAAACCUAGCUCAUCCACUGUCAGAAAAGGCUCCUCCUCCACGAGGCAUCCUCUCCGUGUCCCUGGUAUGAAACCUGGAGAAGGCUGUUAUAUCUGCAAGUCCAAAACUCAUAUUGCUAAGCUUUGUCCGGAGAAGUCUGAGUGGGAGAGAAACAAGAUAUGCUUGCAAUGUAGGAGGCGAGGGCAUAGUCUUAAAAACUGUCCGGAGAAGAGCGAUGAGAGCAGCUUCGAGAAGAAGAUGUGUUACAACUGUGGAGAUAGUGGACAUUCACUUUCUCAUUGUCCUAAUCCUUUGGAAGAUGGAGGGACGAAGUUUGCAAGUUGUUUCAUAUGCAAGGGACAAGGGCACAUAAGCAAGAACUGCCCUCAAAAUAAGAAUGGAGUCUACCCAAUGGGUGGGUGUUGUAAAGUGUGUGGUAGUGUGGCGCAUCUCGUCAAAGACUGCCCUGAUAAACUCAACAGAGACUCAGCUCCUACCAAGAAGAGUUCAAGAUUUGAUGCUACACCAAGAGGGAAACUCACUAAGUUCAGUGGGGAUGAUCUUGAGGAUGAUUUUUAUGAAGAGCCUAAAAGCAGCAAGAAGAUGAAGACCUCUGAUGCUACUACACCUGAUGAUUUAGAUCAAAAGAGUAUCCCGGAAAAGAAACAAGGUCCAAAGGUUGCGAAUGCAGCGUCAGGAAUGGCUGUGGAAGACGAAUGUAAGCUCAAGUUUUUAGAGCUAAAAGCAAAAAGAAACUAUAGAUUCAUAAUAUUCAGGAUUGACGGACAACAAGUGGUGGUGGAAAAGCUUGGAAGUCCCGAGGAGAACUACGACGAUUUCUCCAAUUCCCUACCGGCCAACGAAUGCCGCUACGCCGUCUAUGACUUCGACUUCACCACUGCUGAGAAUUGCCAGAAAAGCAAGAUCUUCUUCAUAGCAUGGUCACCUGAUUCUUCGAGGGUGAGGAUGAAGAUGGUGUAUGCGAGCUCAAAGGAUAGGUUCAAGAGAGAAUUGGAUGGUAUUCAGGUGGAGUUACAAGCCACGGACCCGAGCGAGAUGAGUUUCGACAUCAUCAAAAGUCGAGCUCUCUAG